GGAUAGAGACCACCGAGUUCUUGAGAUAAGAAUCGUUGGGCUCUGUAAGGGACAAGUGCCUCGCAGCAAUGAUAGUCUCGAGUCCCGAGGCUCUUACACGGGAAGAGUGUUGAGAGACGUUUCGGAGGCGAAUUGAAACAUUUCCUCGUCAAUUCAUUGCCCAAAACAGUCUCUUAUUAACUGGCGCGUUCCGUCACUUACUGACAAAAGUUGCUGUUAGGUACCUUUUUUGUUUUCCCCAAAGACGCACACUCCUACAGGGGCCUCUCACCUCAGUUCACCUAGGCUCAGGCUCUUUCGCAAUCACCCGCAAGUCCACCGACCUCAACUUAAGAGACACACCCCCCUGGUUCCACCCAGACCACCGGACACGGCGCCGCAGGACCCCAAGGCCCCCUCUUCCUUACUUCCUUACCCCCCUAAAUCGCAAAUCCUCAGGGCCGCAGCCCACUAUGACACCCUCACUGAGCACACCCCGUCAGAGCCAGUCUGGCAGCAGCAGCUCAAGCUCAAGCUCGACUCAUAAUAAAACGGCGCCGACCUCUUCUUCAUCUUCCUCCAUCUCUCGUCUCAACUCCAUCGUUCGUCACAUCUCGCCCAAAAUGGUUUCUACUACAAAUUUCCCUGCCGAAGUCGUGCCCCAGGCUCCUGAAGACCCUCUCUUUGGUCUUGCACGAGCUUACAAGGCCGACAACAGCCCCAACAAGAUCGAUCUUGGUAUCGGUGCUUACAGAGACGAGAACGCAAAGCCCUGGGUGUUGCCAGUCGUUAAGAAGGCUGAUGAGAUCCUCCGAAACGACCCUGAGCUCAACCACGAGUAUGCCCCGAUCGCGGGUAUUGCCAGCUUCACAUCCAAGGCCGCCGAGCUGGUCUUUGGCGCUGACUCCGCCGCCAUCUCAGAGAAGCGCUCGACGACAUUGCAGACAAUCUCUGGUACCGGUGCCGUGCACUUGGGUGCUCUCUUCCUAGCCAGGUUCUACAAGGGCAACCACACUGUCUACCUGUCAAAUCCCACCUGGGCGAACCACCACCAGAUCUUCAAGAACGUCGGCCACUCAAUUGAUACCUACCCUUACUUCCACAAGGAGACCAAAGGUCUUGAUUUCGAGGGCUUCAAGCAGACUCUUAAGUCUGCUCCUGAGGGAUCUGUCUUCGUUCUUCAUGCUUGCGCACACAACCCCACUGGCGUUGACCCUACCCAAGAGCAAUGGACUGAGAUUGCUGCUCUCAUGAAGGAGCGAAACCACUUCCCCUUCUUCGAUACUGCUUACCAAGGCUUUGCCUCUGGUGAUCUCGUCCGCGAUGCCUGGGCUAUCCGAUACUUUGUCGAGCAGGGCUUCGAGCUUGUUGUUGCCCAGAGUUUCGCCAAGAACUUUGGUCUCUACGGCGAGCGUGCCGGCUGCUUCCACGCUGUUACCGCCCCCGCCGGUGAUGCCUCAAACACUAUCACCCGUAUCGGCUCCCAAUUAGCUAUUCUCCAGCGAUCCGAGAUUUCCAACCCUCCCUUGUAUGGUGCUCGCAUCGUCAGCACUGUUCUCAACGAUCGUGACCUCUUCGCCGAGUGGGAAGAGAACCUCCGCACAAUGUCAGGCCGCAUCAUCAGCAUGCGCGAUACUCUACGAGCCAAGCUUGAGGAGCUCCAGACCCCUGGUACCUGGAACCACAUCACGGACCAGAUCGGCAUGUUCAGUUUCACUGGUCUUAGCGAGUCACAAGUGAUGAAGCUUCGAGAAGAAUUCCACAUCUACAUGACCAAGAACGGUCGUAUCAGCAUGGCUGGCCUCAAUGACAACAAUGUCGAUUACUUUGCCAAGGCUGUUGACAAGGUAGUAAGAGAGUCUGCUUAGAUCUGUAUAGAUUGAGGUAGAAGUUGAGUGUUUGAGAUGGUGUAUGAAACUCAUGGGACGUGGUCGAAUACAAGACCCUGGAAGAAACUCGGCGUUGGGAUUGCAGCUUUACCAUUAUUAUCGCACCUGUCAUGAAGGGGACUCUGCAAAAAGCACUGGACGAUCCUUGUUUAUGCAUGCUGUUGACAGCUUUUAAUAUACCUUGACUGCAAGCUAAUGCAUUUGCAUACUCAA